AUGUCUUCAUUCAUCACCGCAUUUAUGACCGUUAAGUCGGCGCUAUUGUCAUCGGUUCUCAUCCUCUUCAUCAUCGGUCUCAUCGAUUACGCGAUUAUCACUGAACCCAAUGGCUGUGACAUGACAUUCAUGUUUCAAUACCCGCAGUUUGUGUUAUUGCCACAUCGGGAACAGAUUGCUCUCAAGUAUCCCAACUAUCAUCUCUUUGCAUACGGCGAGGGUAAUGGUGACUUUAAAGGAGUUCCCGUCGUAUUUGUUCCCGGAAAUGGCGGCUCUUUUAAACAGGUGCGAUCACUUGGAUCGGUGGCGUUGCGAAUGUCCGAUAAAUACUCAACUUUUCAUUUCAAUUAUUUUACCAUUGAUUUCAAUGAGGAAUACUCCGGAGUUAAUAGCUUUCAACUCCAAAGUCAGACACUAUUUCUUAAGGAAAGUCUCAUAAAAAUCAUGGAUUUAUACGAGAAAAAGGGGAGAAACGUAUCGCUUGUACUCAUUGGACACUCAAUUGGUGGACUCAUAAUUAGAUCAUUGCUAUCAUUACCCGAAUUUGAUCCGUACGUCCAUCGCGUAGAUUUGGUCAUAACUCUGGCCACACCUCAUAAAUCUCCAGUUGUUCCCAUUGACUCGCGAAUGACAUCGUUUUACAACGAUGUGGAAGAAUAUUGGGCCACAAAUCGGGACAAUUUUGGUCACAUGAAUGUGAUAUCAAUCGGCGGCGGAUUCAAUGAUAAGUUGGUUCGUUCGCAUCUCACAAAACUCAAUGACGAUCACCCGAACGAUCUGACUGUCGUGUCCACAGCCAUCGAUGACGUUUGGGUCUCAACCGAUCACUUGUGUAUCGUUUGGUGCAAACAAUUAACACUUAAGAUAACGAGACUUCUCUUCGACUUAACCGACAAGAAGUCGCUGAAACUCGUGGACAACAUUGCGGACAGAAAUCGGAUCAUUAGAUAUCACUUCAUGGAGAGGACGUUAGGGAAGAAUUUUCCCGGAUUUGUAAUUCCCGAAUACAUAACACUCGCGCCGACCGGCGAAUGGACCGAAAACUACGAACGGAUUAUUAAAUUUACAAAACCAAAGGUCUUACAACCAAAUUAUAUUUUACUGCCAUUAAUGCGAAGAGAAAGUAUUGUCAUACAGUUUGAAGGCCAUUAUAGGCACGAUUGGGUGAUGGCCUGCUCUGCCGUUAAGAAAAAUAAUGUUACGCUUUGUGAUAAGGGCCGGUCUCUACACCAAUACGUACGGCGUUUGCCAUCGAAGCCCAAAGAUGUUGAGCGCCGUCUGUUCACUGGCCUCUCGUCUCUACUACUAAACCAAGGAUUUACUCAUUUAUUGUUAGCCAUCAGUUCAUCGGUAGAACCGGUGGACAUACAGAUCGAUCGGUUCACCACAAGCAUCCGGAGCCGAACCAUACAACUGCCAGCCCUGUGGCAGAGUAUCGUCCGGUUCUUCGCGUGGUCUACAGUGAUGGACAUCGCGGUGAGCGAAGAGACCACGUUCUACAACGUGACACUCGCCGGACUCCGACACGUAUGGUCUGCUUAUUCCGUCCAAAUGGAGACCAUAUCGUGUUACCCGACGGCUGUCAACAUGGGUUACCUCUACUUAACGAUUCCCUGGAAUCGCGAGAACCAACACCAAUACGUUUACCCCAAACGCGGCUCAACCGCGCGCUUGACAUUCAAACUCAAUUCCCCGAAACCAAAGACAUUUGAUCCGUCGCUGGAGCCGACGCUCUACUUACUCGUCGAUCCCAACUGUAGUUAUAAAUUGCAUAUUAAGACCUCUUUGGCCGAAAUGAUGGGACAACUGUUGAGACAUUAUAGCCUCGUUUUGUUGCCAAUGAUUGUCUCACUGGUGUUGUCGUUGCUGUCGAUACAAAUCAUUCCCAAUAAUUCAUCACCAAAUCAGUCGUCAAAGAAUAAUUCCGCGGAUAAUAAUCAUCACUUUUUCGAUAACAAACCCAAAUAUAUUUAUAUACAAUCUGUUCAUAUAAUUAAGAAUAUUCGGUUGGUUUCGAUCAAUGGUUUGCUCAUAUUGUCUGCUUCUGGUUCAGCCAUAUUCUUUAAUUCAUCGGUAGAACCGGUGGACAUACAGAUCGAUCGGUUC